AUGGCAGAAACGCACACUCCGGCCACCAACGUUGCUGUUGCUGAAGAUGGCGCAGUACACGAGACAACGAAUGAACGGCCCAGAACCGCAGCUGAAGCUUUACGAAAGCUGUGGACUCCGAAGAAGCUGGGUAUCGCAAUUUCUGGUCUUCUCGUCAUGAACUUCUUUAUGAAUUUUACGAGUUACACCCAGAACGUUUAUGAGCCGUACGCAACAAGUCAUUUCCAGGGCCACUCUCUGCUCACCACCGGUUCCAUUAUCAACGGCAUCGUACGCAUCGUGUCAUAUCCAUUGUUGGCUAAACUCGCUGAUCAUUUUGGACGACCACAAGGGUUUGCUGGAGCAGCUCUGUCUAUGGCCAUCGGCAACAUGAUGUUCGCGGCGUGCCAAAACGUUGACACAUUCCUUGCUGGAGGAAUCUUCGACUCAUUUGGAGACACGUGGUGGAACAUUACCCAGCAGAUCUUCAUUGCCGACGUUACCAGUCUUGUCAACCGCGGCAUUCUAUUUACGCUGCCCGAGUCCAUCACCGCUAUCCCGACGCUCUACGCUGGAACUUAUCUGGGAGAGCACAUCCUCCUAACGCCUCUGCCCACGAUCGCCAUCAUGAUUUGGAUGGGCCGCCGGCCAAACGCAUGGUCUUCAUCGGCGAGCGUGUCCUCUUUAAUGCAUGGCGCCCCAUCCGGUCCUGUCGGCAAGGCCAAGCACUUAGCCACCGAACUCGACCUUAUCGGUGCAUUCUUGCUUAUUGGUGGUCUCUCCAUGACUCUGCUGCCCAUCACUAUUGCCGGCCGCCGCGACACUGACAAGUGGAAGGAGGCAUCGUCCAUUGUGCUCAUCAUCGUCGGUGUCCUGACCUUUGUCGCCUUUCUCGUUUGGGACUACAAGUACGCAACGAAGCCCAUUAUCCCCUACCGCACCAUGCGCGCGCGCAACGUCAUCAUCGCCUGCGCGUCAGCCUGCUUCAUUGCCAUGUCUGACAUCAAGUCGCUCCUCGGCGUGGGUCGCGGCCUCGCCCAGGUGUCUCUGCAAGUUGCCCUCCAAGCAGCCGUUGGCAAUGAGGAAAUCGCCGUGGCCACCGCCGUUUAUCUGUCGUCUCUGGGCUUCGGUUCGAACCUAGGCACGACCAUUAGCGGUGGCAUCUGGAACUCGAUCCUCCCGCGCAAGCUGCGCGCCAAGUUCCCCGCAGCCGAGGCGCGUAAAAUCUUUGGGUCCAUCGUUGUUGCGCAGAACUACACGAUCGGUAGUGUGGAGAGAGAUGACAUCAAUGAGGCGUACCGCGAGACUCAGCAGACGCUGGCGAUCGGGUCGUUGUGCGUCGGCACGGUGCUCGUUCUUCUGGCCUGGUUAGCGCAGAACGUCAAGCUUGGAGAGGAGGACGAGAAGCGGGCAGUGCAGGCUGAUGAGGAGCUGGCGUGGGCUGUCAAGGCUAGGGACGCCGAAGGCGGAGAGCAGUUGGAUGAGCUCGGCCGCGAGAGGAAGUGA